CCUUGCAUCUAUCCUUUAUUUUGAAAAUGACAGAAAAUGAUUUUGAUAUUUCUAAUUUUUUAUUAGGCAAUAUUGAUGUAAGGGGGGAUUUAGAGGAUAAUUUAUUCGAUGAAGAUAUCAAACAACAUUUAUCAACUUUGAAACAUCUUAAUAUAUUUAACAAUGUUGAUAUAAAUAUUAAAGAUGAAGAAAAUCAAUCAAAGAUAGUUACAGAAAUAGAAAAUGUUGAUAGCAAUGUUUCAUAUAAUUCUCCCAUUGAUUAUUCAAAUAUUUCAGAUACAACCUCUGAUCAAGAGGAUGUAGACAGACAUAUUUCAACCUUAGAUAUUGUAGAAGAUUCCAAUAUAGAUCAAGCAAAAUUGUUAAAUAAUGAAAAAUAUUUAAACAAUAUAAAAAUGCCACUGAGAGAUCAACUUGCCCCAUUGAUACCAUCUGAACUUGCAAAUUUAGAUGUUAAUGAAAUUUUCCCACAUUUUAAAUUUAAUGAUAUUUUAAGAUUUAAUAAAUUAUUUGGGCCUGGAAAACCAUCAAGUCUACCAAAGAUAUGGAGAAAUUUUAGCAAGAGAAGGAGAAAAAUCUAUCAGUUAUAUAAGCUUACAGCAAAUAAAAAUGGAAAUAACAUUCCAAUUAACAAAGAAUUUGAUAGACAAGCACAAUUGAUAUUAGAACUUCCUACAACAGAUGAAACAGUAGCACAAAAUGAAACAGCAGAGAUUAAACAACCUUAUGAGUUGCAAAUAGAGACUGAUGAUGAAGAGGAAAUGAUGAAAGACACACCCAUGCAAAGCGAUCACCAUUUUAGGGGGCAUCCCACGUUAUACAAGCCGGUCAUGGAUGACGACGAGAACAAAAACAAGUUAGGAUCUUCGGGCAAGGAGAGCAUUUCGUCCGGAUCUUCGUCCGAAUUGGAGAGCGAAGGCUACGAGUAUUAUUCCGAAGAAGAUGGGUACGAAAACGACCCUCUAACUCUGACCCCCUGGGAAGACCAAGUCAUCAUAAACGGCGGUUCAGCCCUUUUAACAGCGGAAGCAGGCCCGGACCACGUGAUUUCAGCUCAACAAGCCAAGAUCGCCGCCGGCGUGACGGAUGAGACCGAGCGCUUUGUUGGCUGGCUACCGGCUGCUACUAUUAGGAGCUACAGCGCGGCUGUCGGUCAAAAAACGCCUGUGGCUAAAGAACAAAAGAACGAGGCUAAUUUCGUGCCCUUGCUGAGUCAAGAAUAUUCGGAAUUAGCGUGCACGAAUUGGGAAGACGAUAUUAUUUGGAAUGCCGACGAUUUGAAAGAUGACCCUGAUAUAGUGAGCAAUUGGCCAGAAUCUGUUUAUCAGUCUCAACCAAUUUUGCAGCCGCAAACUUGUCCCUUUUCUCCGGAGAGCCUAGAAAAACGUCUGAAUUUAACCUCCAACGAUUACCACUAUUUUCACAACCUGUUUCGCUCGUCCCACAACGCCGCUUCUAAUUCGGCGCAAUCUUCUAAAUCCCAAUCAUUUCCUUUUAACCUUCCAGGCAUCGGCGGCAACCAAAAUUUUACCCCUAUUAACAACUCGAACUUUAACGAGGACAUGUUACUUUUCUCAGCCCUCCAGUUGCAGCAUUCGACCCCGGCUAGCGAACUCUGGCCCGCCUUUUACCCUACCCACAUGGGCCCACUCAGGCUCAAGCACUUUCACCGACCCUUACUCAAAAAGUAUAGUCAUGGGGCCCUGGCCAUCACCCAUGCUCAACAACAGAACUCCCAGGGCGGGGUGCGGCAAUUCUUCCCCGUGGCCAGCGUGGAGGAAAGGGUGGAACGGUUGAAGAAGCAACGGGAAAACGAGAGGAUAGCCUCGGGUGGUGGAGACAUGUUCUUCAUGCACACACCCCAAGAUCUCUCGGCUAUGGAUGGCGAAUUGGUGCUAGCAGAAUACUCGGAAGAAUUCCCUCCCUUGAUGAUGAAUAUUGGUAUGGCAACACUCGUAAAAAAUUAUCACAAAAGAAGGCCCGGAAAAGAAGCCAAUAUUCAAGAAUUCGAACACGGAACGAUGGCUUAUACUCACACAUCGCCAUUUUUGGGCUCCUUAGCUCCCGGCCAGAGAUUACAAGCUCUAGAAAACAACAUGUUCAGAGCACCCAUCUAUCUCCAUUCGUUCCCCAGCACCCAUUUUUUGGUGAUCAGAACUAGGAACGGCUAUUUUUUACGUCAAAUAAAGGAUAUAUUCACCGUUGGCCAAGAAUGUCCACUCAUAGAGGUUCCUUGCCCGAAUUCCAAAAAAGCCAACCAAUUUUUGAGAGAUUUUUUACAUGUAUUCUUGAUGCGCCUUUUUCGGGCCAGCCCAGAAAAGCCUCCUCGUAUUUACAUGGAACAGGUCAAACGGGCUUUCCCGGCUUUGCCCGAGAGUGCACUGAGGAAGAAGCUUAAAUCUUUUGCCGAUUUUGAUUCCAAUCCCGCCAAUCAAAGGGAUAUAGUUGGGCCUAGCUCGGAGCACCACCACCCAAUCCAUUCCCGUUUUCAGAAACGUUUUCGUGUAUGGACUUUGAAGAAGGAUUUUAGACUGGCGCCCGAAGAGGAAUUGCGGGAGCUGGUGAGACCGGAAAGAGCCUGCACUUGGUACAGCGGCCUAGCCGGUGAGGCACGCCUCAUCGAAUACGGCUAUCCACCUGCUCUUAUAAGCGGUUUAUCCGCAGUCAGCGGAACAGGAGUAACGGGUUCUACGUCCAAAAGUGGUCAAGAUGGAGCGGGAGGCGGUAACGGGAGCGAAGAGGAAGAAGAGGAGAUUAAAGCUGCCCCUUGGAACACUACGAAAGCAUUUUUAUCUGCCGUCAGAGGGAAAGGAUUACUGGAUCUACAUGGAGCAGCAGAUCCUACAGGCUGCGGACAGGGCUUCUCCUACGUUAAAAUAUCUAACAAACCACGAGACGAGUUAUCAUUGACCUUUAACGCCAGCGGACAAAACGCAAGCUCUUCUUCGACCACGACCCAGAUUGGUACUUCCGGUCCGCAAAGCGGGCCCUCGGGCUCGAAGAAAUCCGUCACUGGAACUGACGCUGAUUUGAGAAAACUUUCGCUCAAAAAUGCUAAACAAUUGCUUCGCAACUUCGACGUUCCGGAGGAAGAACUCAAAAAAUUGAGCCGUUGGGAGAUAAUAGACGUCGUCAGAACUCUGAGUACUCAGCAAGCUUUACUGGGGGAUGAUACAGUAACGAAAUUUGCCCGAGGAAGUAAAUUUAGUGCCACCGAACACCAAGAAAAAUUUAAGGAAGAAUGUCAAAGGAUUUUCGAUCUUCAAAAUAGAGUCUUAUCUUCGAACGAAAUUUUAUCCUCCGACGAUGGCAGUUCCACUGAGGACUCCGAUUUCGAGGAAAUGGGUAAAAAUAUCGAAAACAUGCUGGCCAAUCAUAAAUCAAAAAAAUUACAAAGUUCGACCUCCAACGGUGACCGAUUCGAUUCAUCUCGAAAGGAUAGCGCUAAAAUUAAGAAGGAAAAGGACGCCAGGAAAGAAGCCAAAAAAAAUAAACAUCUACAUCAUAUAGCGGAUAGAAAGCUUAGAAUCACUCGCACGUUUCGCAACCCAGAAGGUAAAGAAUUCAUCCGAAUCGAAACAGUCAGAAAUCCAGGCGUUAUCGAGGCUUACCUGCGUAUCAGGGAAAGCAAGGAUCCCGAACUGUUGGCCUAUUUUUCUAGACCGGAUGAAAGCAAGAAGCAGGAAAUGUUGAAAGAAAAGCGUCGAAUAGUCGAUCAACUUAAACGACUUAGGGCCAAGGAAGAAAGGCAGAGGCAGAGGAUGAUGCUGGACAACGACAAUAAUGCCAAUGACCAAAACACUAUUCUGGAGGGAUUUACCAAGGGCAAGGAUAAAGGCGGCAAGAAAUAUUACGUCAAAGGUCAACGCUCACUCCUCGGGAAGAAAAGUUACCUCGGGUCCAAGGGCGAUAUGAAGUUUCGCAAAAGUUUUGAAGGCGAUUCGACCGAUUACAACAAAACGCUCGAAAGAAAAGUUAAGGUGGAAAGUGGGCAAGCGGAAACGGACGCGGGUGGCGAUAAGAACCCGAUGGGGGAAGACGGUUCCGGCGAUUCCAGCCAAAGGGUGAAAUGUGGGGCCUGCGGUAGUACCGGUCACAUGAAAACGAAUAGACUGUGCCCACUAUACGAGAAGUCGGGUAAAGCUAGCAUACCCGUAGCCAUGACCUGGGAAGAACAGGAGAGUUUCGAGAAGAAGUUUCCAGCUGGGGACGAAGUCAGGGAUCUGGUCAACGUCGAGGGAACUAAAAUUAUCUUAUCCAAGACCAUUAUUGAACACUACGACAACGUUCGCAAAAAGUCUCUCAUUCUCAAAUUUCCCAAAAAAAGACCUUUCACGCCUCCGCACCUCGACGCGGAUAAAAAAUUGGCCAAAAAAUUGAAACGCGAAAAAAUGAGUCACGAUAAAAGGUCUGGCACAAUCGGCAAAAAAUCAACGCCUACCGAUGGUUCUCAUAUAAAGAAAUAUAAUAAAAGCGUAGCCCAUCACCUCGCCGCCUCCGCCAAAUAUCGUCGGGAAAAGAAACUGAUGACUUCCGGCAAGAGUUCUUCCGGUAAAAAGUAUCACCAUCAUAACAUCGGCCAUACAAGAGGCAGACCUCCUUUGAGUCAUUCUGGCAAAUUCAUACACAGGAAGAACAAGAUGCUUGCCCACGCUCAACAUUCUAGGGUUUCUAUGAGUGGCGCAGGCGAUUUAGCUUCCGGAAGCAAAACUCAUGGUAUCGAAGAUUCCAAUCCGCACCCGCAACUCGAGGACUACCUUAAAAAGCCGCACCAAACCAAUAAGAGACGGCCUACCGACCCCGUCGUUACGCUUUCUUCCCUCCUGGAAAGGGUACUAAACGAAAUGAGGGAAUUGCCUGACACUCAACCUUUCAUCCAUCCCGUCAAUGUUAAGGUGGUACCGGAUUAUUAUCAGUUCGUAGAAAAACCGAUGGACCUUCAAACCAUGCGUGCCAAAUUGCACAAGCGCAAAUACAGGUCGAGGGAAGACUUUUUGGCGGACACCACCCAAAUUGUGGAAAAUAGCAGAAUUUAUAAUGGGCUAAAUCACCCCAUCACUCGCACGGCAGAAAAUAUGCUAGAGUUGUGCGUUACCAGAUUGGCCGAGAAAGAUGAACGAUUCAUGAAACUCGAAAGAUGCAUUAACCCUCUACUAGACGAAGAUGACCAGGUGGCCAUUUCCUUCAUUUUCGAAACCGUCGUCAAACAAAAGCUUCUGAGCGUCGUAGAGUUUUGGCCAUUUCACAACCCCGUUAACCCGAAGGUGCUCAAAGAUUAUCAUAGUAAAGUAAGCAGACCGGUAGAUCUCAAUACCAUAGCUAAACGGGCGAAAAUGCACGCCUACAGGACUAAGGAAGAUUUUUUGGCCGACGUUAAACUCAUCGCUGCUAACAGCGCGAUAUAUAACGGCCCCGAUAGCCCUUACACAGAACUGGCUCACAAAAUUUAUUCUGUCUGCCAGGAGGCGCUGAUUGGUUACGAAAAUAACAUCAACGAGCUCGAAAAGGCGAUGACCCUCUCCGAGAGACAUUCUAUCGACGAAUCCGUAGAUUUCCCUGGAACCUCAAAAAAUGCGAAUCUCAUGGGGGAAAGGAGCUCUGACUUUUAUAAAGAUGGCGACGAGAGUGCCGACGCGUCUAUGAAUCCAGAAUACUUUGAUUCAAAUCAAGAUUCAAGCUCAUUAACAUUCCAAUCCACAGCAUUCCAAACUAAUCCGUUAUCGUUGCUCGAUUCUCUUAACAGCGAUUCCCAGAAUAUGGCUUCACAAGAUAAGGAACCGAUGGACGAGGAAGGGGAUUUUUAUGAAGCCGAAUACGUAUCAGAAAAAAUUGGGGAGGAUGAUAUGACCAUGACAAUGCCUUCUCGGACUGUUACAGAUUUGGAGGACGAUUUGGAAAUAACCCCGGAUAACUCCUCUAUAAGUGAAUUCGAAAAUGAUAGCGAUGAAAACAAUCAAAAUUCGUUCUUUUAAAAAACCAAGGCGAUUUUUAUUACGAUUUUUGCGUUCAAAUCAAAUGUUCUCGCAUAAAUUUCUUAUUUAUUAUUGUAUUUUACGGCCUG